UGUAUGCGCAAGAUGAUGAUACAUAAUAAACUAACCUGGAAUCCUUCCUCAAACAACCAAAACACAAAAACUAACCUGGAAUCAAAACUAUGUAUGUAACUAGAGCUCUUUCUCUUUACAAGAAAUCCCCUGAUUCCCUCUCAGUUCCACCACCUGAAGGUCCAAAUUCAGGUUACCUUGUUAUCCAAGAUGAUGAAUCAAUGAUGCCUUCCUGCUUUGGCCGGUCUAAGAGCCUCGCCAUCAACGAACUUCCUCUCCCAUCUAACAAGAUUCUUAACUUUUCCCUUAGUGGUGAUGACCAUGAGAUCCUUGCUGUUCCUGUAAUCAACCAGCCACUUUCUUCUAAUCGAUAUUAUGCUGUCAAGGCUCAUAGGAAGCACAAAGGAGAAGCAUAUGCAUGUUCAAAGGAGGAAGAUAAAGGAGUAAAUUGUGGUAGGAGCUAUAUUCAAGAUGUGGUACCAAGACCCUUGGAUCCUGAAGAUACAUACCAGCAGUUUGAGUUUGAGUACUCUAUGAAAGUUACUUGCACAAAAAGCAGAGGAUUUAUAGUGAAAUCCAUUGCCUCUGAUGGUCAUGCUCCGCGAUUUUUAAGGAACAAAUCACCUACACUCAUCGAAAGAUCUACUACAAAUUCCAAAGAUUUCAUAACAGAAGAAGCUAAUGGGCUUAAUAGCUCCCUCCGUAAGCAUCUUCCAAGCUUUAACUUCCCUUUGUCUCGCGGAACUUCAGAACCUGUUUGUGUAGGUAAAUGGUACUGUCCUUUCAUGUUCAUUCACGACCAGAAACUGAAAGAUCAAAUGAAGAACUCAGUGUACUAUGAGAUGACACUUGAACAAAGGUGGGAGAGGAUUUUCAUAACCGAUAAUAAUACCUAUAACCAAGGCAAUAAUAACAAUAAGGUGAUGAUGGAUGUGAUACUUCGAAUACAAGAGUUUACCAUUGGUGGAAAGGAUGCUGUUAUGUUUGACAGAAGUUCAGAUAAUAAGGUGGUUUGGUUUCAGACCAUUAACAGCGGGGGAGAACAAGUAAGUGUGGGGUUGAAUAAGUUGAUAUUGGAUAGAAUGAUAUGGGAGCAAGAAAGAGUUGGAUGGGUUAAUGGAAAGGGAACACAAGUGAGGAUGGUUAGAGAACAAGAGUAUGGAGGAAUUGGAUGGUGGACAAGAUUCGGGUGUUAUGUUCUUGUUGAAAGAUUUGUUCUAAAAAGAAUGGAUGGAACUCUGGUUUUAACCUGUGAUUUCAAGCACAUGCAUCAAAUUAAGACCAAAUGGGAAUAAUAUUAGUCACUCACAUUUAUGCUUAUGGUUAAUAUAUUUAAGCACCAAAAUAUAUACUGUGUUCUUGGUUAAAAUCAAGUUGUUUCCUUACAAAAGAAUUAAAAGAAUCUGACCUUCCUGUUCA